AUGGCGUUGACACAAAAUGAUAACACAACGAAAUUAUGUGAUAAUGAAGCAAAAUUAAUGACAGUAUCUAGCCCUGAUACCGAAAUCGUCAAUGUGCAAGAUGCAUCAAUUUAUACUCCGUCAGCGAUUGUACCCAGUACAUUUUCUCCAACUCAAACAGAUAUUCCUGUUAUUACGAAUGUAUCAUCGACAACAUCAACUGUUGUUCCAGCUGUCACUGGUAUAACAAGCAAUAGUUCAAGUAGAUCAAGUUUAAAUGAUAGUCCAGAUAUUUGUCGAAUAUGUCAUUGUGAAGGAAAUGAAGAACCACUUAUAUCUCCAUGUCAUUGUAUUGGGACAAUGCAAUAUCUUCAUCAAUCAUGUUUACAAUGGCAAAAAUUAGACAUGAAUGUUGUAGAACGUCGUAAAAUAAUGUGCUCUGUUGCAUUUAAUUUAAUAGCUGUGACAUGUGUUCUAUGGUCAUUACACGUUCUAAUUGAUAAAACAAGAGAAGAAGUUAAACUAGGAAAAUUAGAAUGGCAAUUUUGGACAAAAUUGAUUGUAGUGGCAAUCGGAUUUACCGGUGGUUUGGUAUUUUUAUAUGUACAGUGUAAAAUGUAUUUACAACUUUGUAUUCGUUGGCGUCAAUUUAAUCAACGUAUAAUAAUUCAUUCAAUAAGUGAACGUCAAGCAAAAAAUUUUAAUUCACCACCUGAUCAUACAACAAAUUCUUAUUCUUUUAUAAAUCAAAAUAAUGAUGGUAUAAUAACUGUUCUAGAUGCAAAUAGUUUACCUCAGAUAACAUCAUCUACAGCCAAUAUCGACAAUGAUUCAUCAACAACAUUUCAUUCAGUAUCUCUAACUGAUGAACAACGACGACAUAAUCAUACGGCUGUGACAAGACAUAAUAGACGACAUCGUCCGACAUUUUUUCGGCGUAUAUUUAGAAGGAGUAAUUCACAAGAACAGCAAUCAACAACAACCAGAACGCCAACGAAUAGUCAUGAACAUAAUCCAUUGACAUAA